AUGGCUCAGAAAUACGCACCAUAUGGCCUUUCGGAGUCCCCCAUCACAGCCGAUGCUAUUGCUCAAGAUAGUAUCGCCUUUAUCACCAUCUUUGUAGAUCCAGUCACAAAGGAUAUCUACCACAUCGAACAGCGUGCGUCGGAGGGUGAUCAAUGCGUGCAUAUGAGCAAUAAGACUCAAAAGGAAGUCUUCGGCAAGGACUUCAAUGCGCGCACGCGCGUUCAUGAAUAUGGCGGAGGUGCUGCAAUAGCUUAUAAUGGGACUGUGUACUCUUCAAACUUCAUGGACUUCCGUCUCUAUGCCGCGAAAGAUGGGAAUAUCAAACCAAUCACUCCAUGUGCCUAA